AUGACCGCAUCGCAUCAUUCUUAUCGUCGAUGCUGUCUUCUUCUUCUUCCUACUACUGCUGCUCCUGCUGCUCCUGCUGCUCCCGCUGCUCCUGAUGCUCCUGAUGCUCCUGCUGCUCCUGAUGCUCCUGAUGCUCCUGCUGCUCCUGCUGCUCCUGCUGCUCCUGCUGCUCCUGCUGCUCCUGAUGCUCCUGAUGCUCCUGAUGCUCCUGAUGCUCCUGAUGCUCCUGCUGCUCCUCCUCCUCCUCCUCCUCCUCCUCCUCCUCCUCCUCCUCCUCCUCCUACUACUACUACUACUACUACUACUAUAUAG